CGCAUCAGUCUUCUUCAUCUCUAGCAAUAAGUUGGGCGGCGAUGGUGAUUGUUGAUGAUCGGUGGUGAGAAACAGAGAGCGGCGGUGAUGGUGGCGGCGAUGACCGGCGAAAAGUGUAACGAUGAGCGGCAACUUUAUUUCAGAUCCGGUGGUCAGAUCUGCAACAAUGGAGACCGGAUCUGCAGCGGCGGAGGUCAAAUCAGUAGGGGCGGCGGCCGGAGGUCGAGGGCGGCCGAAUCUACGGCGAAAGCGGACAGAUCUGCGGUGACAACGGCCGGAUCUGCGGUGGUGCCUGAUUCUGUGGCGGCGGCGGCCGGAGACCGGCAGUCCAGCGGCGGCCGGAGACCAGCGGUCCGGCGGCGGUCCGAUUUUCUAUUGGCAGCCGUUUGUUUUGCUAAUUAUGCUUUGGGGCAUUUCUGUCAAGUUACAAAUAAUAACUCCUAUUUAGGGAACUUUUAAAGUUUACUCCUCUUUUAGCAAUUAAUGAUUUAUUUACUCCCAUUUAGGUAAAUCUCUCAAGAUUGAAUUGUCAAAACGCCCUAUUGUCUAUAUUAUUUAGGGUAGCCACCUAAAUACCACUAAUCCCAAAAAGAUACUAGUUAAUGAUGAUAAACUUAGGACAACGAUUUUAAUAAUUAUAUUAUUAAAGGGAGUAUGUUAUAUUGACUUUUCUUGAUCAAUGAUGAUAAAUUUAGGAUAACAAUUUUAUUAUUAAAGGGAGUAUGUUAUAUUGACUUUCUU